AUGGCCAUGACCUUGGGUUACUGGGACAUCAGCGGGCUGGGUCAUGCCAUCCGCCUGCUCCUGGAAUACAUAGACUCAAACUAUGAGGAAAAGGAGUACACUGUGGGGGACUGUAAUGACUAUGACAGAAGCCAUUGGUUGAAUGAGAAAUUCAAGCUGGGCUGGACUUUCCCACUGCUCUACUUAAUCGAUGGUGCUCACAAGAUCACCCAGAGCAAUUCCAUCCUGUGCUACAUUGCUCUUAAGCACAGCAUGUGUGAGUGGACAGAAAUGGAGAAGAUCCGCAUAGACAUUUUAGAGAACCAGGUUAUGGACACCUGCAUGGAUUUAGUUAUGCUAUGCUACAACCCUGAUUUUGAGAAGCUGAAGCCACAGUACUUGGAAGGGCUCCCUGACAAGAUGAGGCUCUUCUCACAGUUCCUGGGGAAGCGGCCGUGGUUUGCAGGGGACAAGAUCACCUUUCUGGAUUUCCUUGCUUACGAUGGCCUUAACCUGAACAGUAUCUUUGAGCCUAAGUGCCUGGACAUGUUCCCACACUUGAAGGACUUCAUGGCCCACUUUGAGGGCCUGAAGAGGAUCUCUGCCUAUAUAAAGUCCAGCCACUUCCUCUCAAGACCUAUCUAUACAAAGCAAGCCAUGUGGGGCAAUAAGUAG